UCAUCGGUCCCUCUCCACGCAAGUCUCCUAUCACUCCGCUACUCUCCUCUCCUCCUUUAUUCUUCAUCAAAACUAUACCUUCACUUCCCUAUUGUUGUGAAAAAUUAUCUACACAAGACUUGAUGAUCUCCUCCAGCUCCAUCUCUGCUGAAUCUGCGCCCACACCCACUAAGUCCGAUGGAGAAAAUGAAGGGGAUUCUUCGGCAUCUCUAACGUACAGAAUCAAUCAGCUGAAAAGGCAAAUUCAAACGGACAGAGUUCUUUCAGUUAGGGACAAACUUGAAGAGAACAAAAGGAAGCUAGAAAAUCAUGUUUCUGAACUUCUUUUGUUGGCUACAUCAAGGAGUGAUACUAUGAAGAACUCUGGGACUGGUAAAAUGCUUUCUUUAAGAAUAUCAAGUCCCCUCUGCAAAGUUGGUGGACUUGUUCAAGGUUCAGGAGACAGGGACUAUGCUAAUGGAGAGGAAGUCGUAUCUUCAAUAACUGCUAGACUUCCCUUCAUUCAGAACAUUCCACCAUAUACUACUUGGAUCUUUUUAGACAAAAAUCAAAGAAUGGCUGAAGAUCAAUCAGUGGUUGGGAGAAGGCGGAUAUAUUAUGACCAGCAUGGUAGCGAGGCACUAAUCUGUAGUGACAGUGAGGAAGACAUAGCAGAACCAGAGGAAGAGAAACGUCAUUUUUCUGAGGGAGAGGACAAAAUUCUUAGGAUGGCUUCACAAGAGUUUGGGCUUAACGAAGAAGUUCUUGACAUCUUGACCCAGUAUGUUGGAGGCACCACUUCUGAAAUCCUGGAGCACUGUAAUGUGCUUGAGGAAAAACAUCAAGAUACAGACGGCAAAAGCUUGAAAGAUUCUAGGGAAAGUGGAUUUGGGGGGAGCAUGUUUCUGGACAAAAGCCUUACUGCUGCUUUAGAUUCUUUUGAUAACCUUUUCUGUCGCCGCUGUCUGGUGUUCGACUGCCGUCUCCAUGGCUGUUCACAAAUUCUUAUUGAUGCUAUUGAAAAGCAGCCCUAUUCUUCUGAUUCUGAAGAUGAUAGAAAACCUUGCGGUGAUCGGUGUUAUCUUAAGGUAAAAGGUGUAGCAAACCAGACUAAAUAUUCAACUGUAGAUCCAGUGGAAGGACUAGAAAAACACACUUCAGAAGCGGGAGGUAGCACUAUGGACAUCAAUAGAACUAGAGAUCCAGACGAGCACAUUGAUAGCAAAAUGAAGCAUGGAGUAUCAGAGUCUAUAAACACAACUUUAGAGAAGUCAGAUCUAGUUUUGGAUGACCAACAAGAUUCUUCUGGUAAGAGAAGGAAAUUGUCACUCCCUAAUGCUGUUAGUGUGGCAGCAGAAGAUGGAUCUGAGAGCAAUGGGAUGUCUAUUAUCACCAAUGAUUAUGUAUCACAUUCACAAGCACCAGAUCAGUCUGGCUAUAAUCAUGGUACUUCUUUGCAUAAGACUGGGGAAAAUGUCAGAAAUGAAGCAGAGGACACUAUAAAGGAAACUGUGAAGCAUGCAUCCUGCUCCAAAAAUCUACCAGAAUGGAAACCCCUAGAGAAAGAACUAUACUUAAAGGGGAUAGAGAUAUUUGGGAGAAAUAGUUGCCUCAUUGCUAGGAACUUACUUCCUGGCUUGAAAACUUGUAUGGAGGUAUCCUCUUACAUGGAUAACAGAGCAGCGGCGCAACGUGGAGGCUCCUCAAGCUUAUUUUCGGAGGAUAAUGGGAAAACUGACAUGGAUUACAUGGAGCUAGAUAUUCCGACAAAAUCACGUUUUCUUCGUAGAAGAGGCAGAACACGCAAACUGAAAUAUUCCUCUAAGUCUUCUGGGCAUCCCUCAAUCUGGAGAAGAAUGGCCGAUGGAAAGAAUCAAUCAUGUAUACAAUAUAAUCCAUGUGGAUGCCAGCCGAUGUGUGGAAAGCAUUGUCCUUGUUUGCAGAAUGGUACUUGCUGUGAAAAGUAUUGUGGCUGCUCAAAAAGCUGUAAAAAUCGUUUCCGUGGAUGCCACUGUGCAAAGAGUCAAUGCAGAAGCAGACAAUGUCCAUGUUUUGCUGCUGGACGUGAAUGUGAUCCUGAUGUCUGCCGCAAUUGUUGGGUUAGCUGUGGUGAUGGUUCAUUGGGUGAGCCUCCUAGGCAAGGAGAAGGUCAAUGUGGUAACAUGAGGCUCCUCCUAAGGCAGCAACAAAGGAUUCUGCUGUCAAAAUCUGAUGUUGCUGGAUGGGGAGCCUUCCUGAAGAACCCUGUUUACAAAAAUGAUUACCUGGGAGAAUAUACGGGUGAAUUAAUUUCUCAUCGAGAAGCAGAUAAGCGGGGGAAAAUAUAUGAUCGUGCAAAUUCGUCUUUCCUUUUCGACUUGAAUGAUCAGUAUGUCCUCGAUGCCUAUCGGAAAGGAGACAAGCUGAAAUUUGCCAAUCACUCAUCAAACCCAAACUGCUUUGCUAAGGUAAUGCUGGUUGCUGGUGAUCAUCGAGUUGGGAUAUUUGCAAAGGAACGUAUUGAAGCUAGUGAGGAGCUUUUCUAUGAUUAUCGUUAUGGUCCUGAUCAAGCGCCAAUAUGGGCUAGGAAACCUGAGGGCUCAAAGACAGAUGAUUCACCAGCGCCUCAAGGUCGACCAAAGAAACACCAAUAAUCUCAUUGAGACAGCAUGCUUAACCAUUUCUAUCUUAUUGUGGAGUGCUUAACACGGAGGAGGAACAGAGGAAGCUGUACUACAUCUCUUAUAUACAGUGAUAGUCAUAAAGAUAUUUCUUUGUUGUGGGGUCCUUCAUAUUUUAUUAUAUUAUUGUGUGCUAAUAUAAUAAUAAUAAGACAUUAAAGAAGUAAUAGGAGAGAGGAUCCAGCUAUGUAAAGAAUAAGCAGAAAAAUGUUGAAAGAAACAUGUAUACAUGUAGUCAUCCGAACAGGUGAAAGAAAUUACUUGUGUUGG